GUGUGACACCACACGAGAGAGAGAGAGAGAGAGAGAGAGAGAGGAAGAGGGAGGAACAUAAACAGCAUUUAUAGCCCCAGAGGUAGAGCGACCGUUGAUCAUUGACAAACGCCGACCGAAAACAUUUUCCAGAGUGACGAAGAGCGAUGGUUCGGUGGUUCCACAGAGAUCUGUCUGGUUUGGAGGCGGAGACUCUCCUGAAGACUCGUGGAGUUGAUGGUAGUUUUCUGGCGAGGCCGAGUAAGAAGAACGUGGGUGAUUUCUCUCUGUCGGUCAGAGUGGGCGAUGGAGUGACGCACAUCCGCAUCCAGAACACAGGAGAUUAUUAUGACCUGUACGGAGGGGAGAAGUUUGCGACCCUGUCGGAGCUGGUGGAGUACUACACAGGGGAGGAGCACGGCACUCUGCAGGACAGAGACGGAACCAUCAUCCAGCUCAAGUACCCGCUGAACUGCUCUGAUCCAACCACUGAGAGGUGGUACCAUGGUCACCUGUCAGGUCCAGAUGCGGAGAAGUUGCUGCGUGAGCGUGGGGAGAUGGGGACGUUCCUGGUGCGUGAGUCUCUGUCCAACCCAGGGAACUACGUCCUGUCGGCUCUUACAGACGAGAAGAACACUAAGGGCAAGAGGGUGUCUCACAUCAAGAUCCUCUACAGCAAUACCGGCUACACGGUGGGGGGGAAGGAGGUGUUCGACACGCUGUCUGAACUCGUGGAGUUUUACAGAAAAACAGCGAUUGAGGAAGUGACCGGGACUAAAGUCUACCUGAAACAGCCGUAUUUCUCGACACGAGUGAGCGCAUCAGCGAUCGACAGCAGGGUGAAGCAGCUGGAUAAGUCCAUUGAGCCGCGCAGUGAAGAAGCAGGAGACAAAAAGAUCAAAGCUGGGUUCUGGGAGGAGUUUGAUGCUUUGCAGAAGCUCGACACCAAAAUGAAGAAGAGCAGAGAUGAAGGGAUGCGGCCAGAGAACAAAAGCAAGAACCGAUACAAGAACAUCCUGCCUUUCGAUGAAACCAGAGUGGUCCUGCAGGAUGGCGACCCCAACGUGAUCGGAUCUGAUUACAUUAAUGCCAACUACGUCAAGAAUAGGAUGUGUGAGAUCUGUCCUCCGAAAGUCUACAUCGCGUGUCAAGGCUGUCUCCUAACAACCGUCAAUGAUUUCUGGCAAAUGGUCUGGCAAGAGGAGUCUCGGGUCAUUGUCAUGACGACGAGGGAGGUCGAGAAAGGACGGAAUAAGUGUGUGCCGUACUGGCCUGGUUGUGACGAGACGAAGGACUACGGGAAGUUUCUGGUGACGCUGCUGUCUGAGAGAGACGCUGAUGAUUAUAAAGUCAGAGUGUUGGAGGUCACACUGAUCGAUGGGAGCAACGUGACGAGAGAGAUCUGGCACUACCAAUACCUGAGCUGGCCUGAUCACGGUGUCCCUGAGCAGCCAGACAAAGUCCUCAGUUUCCUCACACAGGUCAACCUUAAGCAGCAGGAGUUUCCUGGCGUGGGGCCCAUGAUCAUCCACUGCAGUGCUGGUAUUGGCCGAACAGGAACCAUCGUUGUCAUCGACAUGCUGAUCGACAUAAUCGAUGCUAAAGGUGUGGACUGUGAUAUCGACAUACAGAAGUGUAUUCAGAUGGUGAGAGAGCAGAGGUCGGGGAUGGUGCAGACGGAGGCGCAGUACCGCUUCAUUUAUCUGGCCGUGCUGAAGUACAUCGAGUCUCAGCAUGACAUACAGCAAGCUAGAAUGACCACUGAGACAGAAUAUGGAAACCUGUCCCUACAACCCAAACAUGCUAAAGCCUCCCGCAAAGUGUCCAAGAAUAAAGAGGAUGUGUACGAGAAUCUGGGAGCCAAGGGGAAGAAAGACGUGAAAAAGCAGAAAUCGGAGGAGAAGAAGAGCGGCUCUGUGAGGAAGCGAUAAGAGUGAGAGUGGAGUAACGCUGAGGGUCUCACCAUGUUCUCACCUGCUUCUGGGUCACACCUAUUAAACACAUUUAAUAUUAUUAUUAUUAUUAUUAUUUUAUUAUUAUUAUUGUCAGAUUUAACUCAGGACAUUAAUAUGAUUAGUUAAGUAAUAAUUCUGUAAACUGUGAUUUUAAUACAAAUGCUUUUGCAAUAAAGUAUCUCUUUAACAGAUUG